AUUUGAAAAAUAUCUGAAUCUCGAUCGCAACACAUAAAAUGUUAUCUUCUGAGAAUUUUUUUCCGUCUAACAGGAAACUUGUGACAAGACCUUUUCAAGCCUUUUUAAUUAUUGAUUGUCAAGUCCGCUGCACACGAUCAGACUUUUAGUUGGAGCAUUUCCCACAGAGGCGCCACAAUCCACUUCCGAAUGCACUUGUAACAUUUCCAAAAGGGAUUGGUUAGAUGGCGUUGAAGAAAAAAAACAAAGGGAAUGGUGCAUGCUGCAUCUUUUCGCAUUUAUAUAUUUUUAAAAUGACAAGAUAUCUGUACGUUCUUCUGUAUUAUCUGAACGAGAAAUGAUUGUCGAUAAUCCGUUUGGGAACUCAGGGGAGAAAACUUGCACGGAAUAUUAUGCGGAAAUUUGGCUGACAAAAUGUGCUGCUACCUGCUCGAACACUACUUAUUCCGCCUUUAUUUUCAAAGAUGUCGACGUGCCGUGUCAAAAGUUAAACUGGGAUACGUGCUCUUUUGCUUCGGCAUGAUAGCGCUCCUGGAAUUUUUCGGAGCGUUUGUGCACAUAUUUGAGAUCACGUACGACGAAAACUUCGUAUAUCCGUACGAAGGCAACGUACACGAGUUCGUGAGUGCUCUGCGACGCAAUGAGAAGCCCGAGGUUGAGCCGAUAAACGAGUACAGAUACGCUUUCAUCCUGAAGCAGCCACAAAAGUGUAAAGAAGAUGCGGACGACACGCUUCGUCUUGUAUACAUAGUCAAGUCUGCUAUAGAGAAUUUCGAUAGAAGGACCGCCAUACGUAAUUCAUGGGGAAUUGAAAAGAGAUUCUUCGAUGUGCCAGCGAGGACUAUUUUUGUAGUGGGCACACAUCCGGAGGACGAGGAAGUGGAGGCCAAACUAAAACUAGAGGCAGGUAUCUACAAGGAUAUCGUACAGGCAGACUUCGUAGACUCGUAUUACAAUAAUACUAUAAAAACAAUGAUGAGUUUCAAGUGGUUAGUCAAGUAUUGUACCAAUUCAAAGUUCUACAUGUUUGUCGAUGACGAUAUGUACGUAUCGGUAAAGAAUGUAGUGACGUUUGUCAGAAACCCGGCUAACUAUCCAUUUCACUUAAUGGAAUCUAGAAAGGUGUACAGCGCACACAAAAGAGAAAUCAAACGGUCGGAUUUAAUCGAUUAUAAUGACGUUAAUUUUAAUAAUAAAAAUGCGACGUAUGACCCAACAAUCAAAAUGUCUUUUACACAAAGUUUUGCCAUUCACGAAUCUACAAAUAACGAUAGUCAGAGAAAUGUGUAUGGGAAACAAGAUAGACAGAUUAAUGAAAGCCGUAAGAUAGAAAAGGAACGAUUGCUCAGGCUAAAUGCAACUACGUUGAAUAGAGUAAAACGACAGUUUUUCGAUUUGGAGCUGCCAGACGACAUUAGACUGUUCGCUGGAUUCGUAUUUAUGCGAUCUGCGCCACAUCGGCAUAAGUUCUCUAAAUGGUACGUCACGUUAAAAGAAUAUCCGUAUCACUUGUGGCCGCCAUAUGUCACAGCCGGUGCAUAUAUCCUGUCUAAGGAAGCCCUUUUGGACUUGUACUACACAAGUUUCUAUACUAAGCACUUCAGAUUCGACGACAUCUUUUUAGGUUUAGUAGCUAAGAAAGCUGAUAUAGUACCGUUUCAUUGCGAAGAGUUUCAUUUCUAUAAGAAAGCUUACACAAAAUAUAGUUACAAGUAUGUCAUAACAUCUCAUGGAUACGAAGAUCCAAACGAACUCUUACAAAUAUGGAACGAGCAGAAAGCUCUCGGAAACGCUUAAAUCUAUAAAAUAAUGCAAAAAAUUCGUAAUAUAUAUUAUCACAUGGAUUUAGAUAUGGAGUUAAGAGGAAAAUAAAGUGUCGCGAUAGCAUAUCUUGACAAGAAUAUCUUAAAGAAGUUAAAAUCCAAUUGAUAUACACAUGUAUGUACAUACGUGUGAAGGAAGAUAAAAUAUGGCAAUUGUAAAAUAAUAAUUAUAUGAAAACGUUCGGAUUUUAUUGUAAAAAAUAUUCUGUAACUUUCCUAGAAUAGAUUUUAACCCGUAUCAGUCUUUAUAUACAUAAUACCCUUUAAUAAAAAGUUAAAUUGUUA